CGGGGUUUGGCUGGCUGCAUCAUUCGUCUGUGUCUGUGUCUCAGCUUGGGCUCAAAGCAGAGUCGACCUCUUCUCGAGUCUCGACGUCCCGUCUAUCCUCGCCGCCGCCUCGCCCGCCCGUGUCGCCUUCCCGCACCAGCCAGCGUCGUCAGGGAGCUGCUCCGCCCAACUCCCGUCCAUGCCCGCCCUCGUUCACGACCGCCGCCUCGGACAAUGAACGCUGCCCUUUGCACCGCCCUGACACGCAUAUCCCCUACGCCCUGAACCUCGCCUCCCGCCCGCCAUGAACGGCUCCCACGAUCGCGCCAAUGGCCCCCGGGCCAGCGACGACUCCCGCCAUGCCAGGGCCCCCGCCCAAGGCUCCUCGCGCGCCGAAAAGUACGAGGACGAAAAGCGCCGCAUCAUGGAGAGCUGUUUCUCCAAAAUGGAUCCAAACGGAGCGUUAUCCGAGUCGUACAUAACCCACCUGCGCGUCACCGAAGACGCCGCCUACCCCCAGACGCCCCCGCCUCCUAGCUCGCCGCCCCAAAAUAAGAAACCCAGAGUCGUCAUUAUCGCCGUGCGCAGCUCCGGCCGCGUGCGUAUUCACAAAGGCAGGGAGAACGCCAAUGGUUCCUUUUCUAUUGGCAAGACGUGGAACCUCGAGGAUCUGUCUGCCAUUGAGACGUUUGCCCACGCCUCGCCCAAGAGCCAGGAAGAUGCGCAAAGAAAAGAGUGGGCCGGCGCCGUUGGCUUCGUCGUGACCAUUGCGAAGCCGUAUUACUGGCAGGCAAAUUCCCCAAAGGAAAAGGACUUUUUUAUUAACAGUUUAAUCAAAAUCUAUGGCAAGUAUACGUCUGGCAAGGCCCCGCAGCUGAUAGGUUUCAGCUCGCGCGAGGCCGACCAGGUCUUGCGUCCUGCUGGGCCACCGUCUGGUCGUCAACCGGUUAGUCCGGGGCCGCCGUCUGCCCGUAAUCCUCCUAGUCCUGCGAGACCCCCGCCUUCGCGCUCCGGCGCUUCGCCUGGCGCACCGCCGCUGCCUGGUCACGAACCGCGCCCUUUGCAACCUAGGAGUCGUCCAGGCACGGCGGGUGAAGAUAGACCUGGUCAGCCACGGCCCCCGCCGUCACGCGGGAGGGAUCCUAUGCCCACAGAUCGUAUGCCCAUGCCACCGGAUCGUGAUGCCAGGAGACCGCGUCCGUCGCAAGAGCGCGAAAUGCGCAAGGCCCCGAGUAGGGAACAGAUGCGGGGACGGCCAAGUUAUGACCGUGAGCGUAGUGACCGUAGUGACCGCAGUGAUCGUCCUAGUCAUGAUCAUGCCCGGCCCUUGCCUCCUUCGCUCUCGACCGCUCAUCUUACUCCGAAAUCGUCGCACUCUGAAUUCCGUCCCACAUCGCCGAAUGGAAGUUCGACGUCGAGAGGGCGCGGCCCUCCUCCGCUCAUGACCAACAUGGCGAGCCCUGGAAAGCCGAGGCCAUUUCCCGCGUCGCCCAUUUCGCGGCCAGAGUUUCCAGCCUCGCCCUCGAUCAGGGGGCAAGAUCCGUCUUCGCCGAUUAUCAGGGAUAUUCCAAAGUCGCCAAUCGUCAGAGGUCAGGACUUUCCUUCGUCGCCGCUCGUCCGAGCUCAGGAUGUGCCGGCGUCGCCUCUUGUUAAGCCCGAGGUUGCGUCGAUUGUCACGGAUGUUCCGCCGUCGCCCAUUUCAAGGUCAGAGUAUCCGGCGUCACCAGUGUCGAGGGAAGAUGAGGGGCCUGGGUUGGCUGGAUCUGGGUUGGCCAGCUCGACCAUGAAUCGAUGGGGCCCGAACGGUGCGAAUCGCGAACCUUCACCGCAUAGCCUGCGCCCAUCGACGGCGACUAGCACCUUGUCAACGGAAGAAAAACCUAUUGAAGCUCCGGUCCGCAAGCGUCCCCCCAUGCUGGCCCCUCAGGCCAAGUACGACGACCUUCCCGCUCCUCUCAGAUCGCCCCGCGCCCCGCCAAAGGCCGGAUCGCCAUUGCCGUCGCCCACGCCCAGCCCUGGUCUGCCCCCGGCUCUCAGCCCGAGACUCCCGCCCGUGGCCGUGCCCGAACCAACACCUGCCCCGCCAACGCCCCUGGAGCCCGAGGUCAAGGAGCCGGAAGUCAAGCGGGAGGAACCCGCCCCCGCCACGCCCGUGGAAAAACCUCAAGAGCCGUUCGAAACGCCUUUGGCCACUCCCCCGGUUGCUCCGGUUGACGCGACCCCGCCAGAAAAGUCGCCAUCCCAAGACGAUUCCCCCGCCACGUCUGUAUCGGAAGAAGCCAGGCCCGCCGCGGCGUUGAUGCUAAUGAAGAAGAACAACAACCAAAAGAAAAUGGGCGAUAUUCUUCGCCGGGCUGCGAAUACGUAUGGAGCCUUUAAGCCGAGAACUGGCGGUGCUGCUGAGAGGUUCAAGGCGGCCAACCAAGAGCCGACGGGCGAGGCAGCGGAGGGUAUUACUGCCGUGUUCAAUGCGCCGUCGUUGGCGAGGAAGAAUACGGAUGACAGUAUGAUUCCGGAGACGCCUGUGGAGAUGGAGGGUAAGCCAGAGGAGGCCGAAGUUCCGUCGCUCAAGGUGUCCGAGCCUGUCUCAGCCCCGACCCCGGCCGUUGAAGAUGUUGUUGCGCAGGCUGUGGCAGCGGAAGCGGGGACGUUGGAAGUUAAUCAAGAGGCGGCGAGGUCGAAAUCGCCUGAUGAUAUUCGUCGACAGAGGCGUCGGUCCAACACGCAAGCCAAAUAUCUUGCAUCUCUGGGUUUGGAUCCUAGUGUAUUGGACAGUCGCGGUCUGGAGAUUGAGGCCGUAUUUUCCGACUUUGGCUGGGCCCGAGGGGGUAUGCAGCCGAAGAAGCUGGAUGCUUUUGAAGCAGAAUUGAAGCGUGAGAUUGCGCGUGUGGAAGCGGGGAGCUGGCUCAGUCAGCAGGAGCACAAUGACGAUCGCAUCGAUGCGGUGGAGAAAUUGUUGGACAAGGUGAUUGGCGAGUGUGACGAGUUGGAGGGCUUGUUGACCUUGUACAAUGUGGAGUUGAGCAGCCUUAAUGAUGAUAUCGCCUUCAUCGAAGCCCAGUCGCAAGGUCUGCAAGUUCAGACGGCUAAUCAGAAGCUGCUUCAUGGCGAGCUUAAGAGUUUGGUGGAUACCAUUUCGAUUGAUACGCGUCAUCUCGAGCCGCUCAAGCGCGCGCAAAUUGGUAAGAUUGAGGGUCUGGAGGCGAUUGAGAGCUCGCUGUUGUUGCUGUACAAGGCCAUGAUCACCAUCGACCCGUCGUUGCGCCAGGGUGUUCAUUCGUCGCUCAUUGAUGGUGCUGGGGGUAUGGGAAGUACAGAGCUUGGAAAUAUGCGCGCUCUGCAGGAGAAGAAGGAGAGUUACCUGCAGGAGAGCGCGACGUUCCUGGCACGUCUGAAGCAGCACAUGGAUAUGACGUUUGGCGCCGCCAUGCUCGCCGCCCGCGACGCCAUGAACCGGGCGGGAUCGGACACGAAGCUGGAUCCUGCGCUGCACGACGUCGCCCGGAAUGCCCUGUGGCAGUACAGUCCGCUGCUUCUGUUUGCCAAGGAGAUUGACCUGUAUACCUGGGAUGCUUUGUUGAAGAUGUACCAAGGCCGCGCCCGUCAUCUGUACCAGGACGAAUUCCGCGACAAUGCCAUCGCGUGGAAGCGCAUGGCGCGGAGCAGCACCGGAGAGGAACAGGAGCUGCUAUUUACCUCGCAAGAGAAGGAUACCGAGAGUCUGUCGGUCCACGGCGCUGCCCGCAAGCUCACCGUCAAGCGCAGCCAAGGCCUAGCCGGAAAAUUCAAGUCCGCCGCCGACAAGGCGACCAAGCUACAGGGAGGCACGCUGUAUCACUACGAGUCGUUUGCGGGGGCUUUGGAUGAGAUGACGCCGUUGGUGUUUACGGAGCAGAACUUUGUCGUUGAGUUCUUCCACGCCUCAUCGAUUGAGAACAUGGACUUUGCCGACGCCGUCACGUCUGCGCGUCCGCAGUCCCGACGCGGUGGUAAUCUGUUUGCGCGCAAGAUGUUCGAGCCCGACCGCGCCCUGGCCAAGCGCGUCGCCGAGGUCAUGGACGACAUUUUCGCCUUUUGGCCGCAGGAGCUGCAGAAUUUGGUGGAGUGGGUAGUGCGGAACGAUCCUUUGCAGGGGAUUGGCAUUCUCUGUGCCCUGGACCGCAAGCUCAUCGAGCUUGAGGAGACGAACCAGGACUUUUUGACCCGCACCCUGCAGGCCCUGCACACGCGCUUGACGGGACUGUUUAAUCGGUUUGUGGAUACGCAAAUCUCGGCCAUUGAAGACACCAAGGUCAAAAUCAAGAAGCGCAAGGGCGUCAUCGCCUUUAUCAAGACCUUCCCCCACUUUUCCGCCGCCAUCGAAAACAUGCUGCCGGCGUAUGACGAUCCUGAACGUCUCGAGGUCCGCACCAUGGUCGACGAUGCCUACCAGAAGAUCAACAAGGCCAUGUUCGAGUCGCUCAAGGUCAUUGCCAAGGAGAGCCCUGCCGCCGUCGCCGCCCAGGCCCCGGGUGUCAGUGGUGCUGGCGCCGACCCCGAGGACAAGGAGGCCCUGAACUACCAUAUCCUGCAUAUCGAGAACAUGAACCACUACAUGGAGGAGGUCGAGCCGCGGGGGGAUAUUGUGUUGGGUGACUGGCGCGACCGCGCCCAGGCCGAGAUGAACGAGCACAUGGCCCUAUAUGUCGAUGCCGUCAUCCGGCGGCCGCUGGGCAAGUUGCUGGACUUCCUCUCCCCCAUCCCGCAAAUCAUCGCCGCGCUGCCGGCCGGCACGCCGCCCUCGGCCAUCUCGUCGCGGCCGUCGCACUCGCGCUCGCUGUUCAAGAAGAUCACGGCGUCCAACGACACCAAGGAAAUCCGGCGCGGCAUCGAGGCGCUGCGCAAGCGCGUCGACAAGCAUUUCGGCGACGCCGACGACCCGAGCUUGAGCCGCGGCCUCGUCACAAAGGUCCUGGCCGAGUGCGAGCGCAAGUACCAGGACGUCUGGCAGAUGCUGAUUCGCGUUAACAAUGACGUGUAUGCCGGCGAGGUCGAUGUGGGUAGUUGGGGCGAUGAGGUCGCGGGGGCUUUUAGGCGGUAGUUUGCUUAGGGGGGGUUUUGGGUCGUUGCAUUGUAAGAGGUUUGUUUUGCAGGCGCUUUUUUUUGCUGUUGUUGUUUGUUAAGAAGUCUGGCGCAGAGUUUUUCUGGUACUGGUAUUUCUUCCUUUUUUCAAUCGCGAGUAUUUCCCGGCUUUUAAUCGCGAAGAUGUAUUCUUGUUGUGUUGGUGUUUCUUGUUUUUUUUUUUUUUUUUUUUUUUUUUUUUUUUUUUUUUUUUCUGUUCUUUUUU